CCUCACCAAGCUCACCAAAUGCAGUUUGGAAAAGAGUUUGUGAGGCAAAGCAGCUUCUACAAAUGUGUGAUAAAUGAGGAAGAGUCAGGUCUGGAUUCUGCAGAUGUGUUUGAGUUGGCUUUCAAAGGGAAUGCUUCAGCCAUCGAUCGUUUAAACAGAAAAAGUCCAGAAGACCUAAGCUCCAGGGAUGAGAAUGGAGCAAACCCUUUGCAUUAUGCUUCAGCUGGUGGAAACCUGGACAUAAUUCGACUCAUUGUGUCUAUUGUAGGCCCUGAGGAGCUGAAUGUACAGGAUGAGCAGGGCAGAACUACUCUACACUGGGCCGUGGAGCAGAAUCAAGGGCAGAGCUGUGCAUUACUGCUGGAGCUGGGUGCUAACCCCAACCUCCUCAACAGCGCCCUGAUGGCCCCUUUGCACCUGGCUAUUACAAAAGGACACAACCAUCUAGUAGAGCUCCUUCUGUCUUGUGGCAAGACAGAUGCCAAUCUGGAGGGGGAUCUGGGAAACACUCCCGCGAUGUUGGCCUGCACCAACAAUAACUACCAAGCUCUCCACGUUCUUUUCAAACAUGGUGCCGAAAUGUGUCGUCAGAACAAACUUGGCCACUACGCCAUCCAUACGGUUGCUUUUGCAGGUGCCAAGGAGUCUAUGGAGCUGGUUUUGAAAAUUGGAGAGGAGAUGGGUAUUUCCUCCGUAGUGCACAUUAAUUAUUUGGAUAAGACCAGAAGCAGUCCCCUCCAUCUGGCUGUACGUGGGGGGAAUACAGAGGUGAUCAAACUUUGCAUCAUUAAAGGAGCAAAAGUGGAUCAGCAACAGUGUGACAGAUCCACAGCCCUCCACUUUGCCUGCACUCAGGGCGCCAUUGAGGCUGUCAAAAUCAUGCUUUCCUCUUAUAACAGUGUGGAGGACAUCAUCAACAUUAGGGAUGGAGCCUAUCAGACCCCCUUACAUAGAGCCACAUUGUUUGAUCAUGUCGAGCUGGCUGAAUAUCUUGUUUCAAAGGGAGCAGAAGUUGACUGCAUUGACUGUAAAGGUCUGUCCCCUCUGCUGCUAGGCUCAAGCUGCGGUGCAUGGAGAACAGUGGUAUUUUUACUGUCAAAAGGUGCCGAUUUCAAAAUCAAAGACAAAGCAGGGCGCAACUUCCUCCACUUUGUGACUCUGCAAACAAAAGGGCUGAAAAAUCUGCCUGACACAAUCUUACAGAGUACUGCCGUGAAGCAGAUGUUGUCUGAUGAGGAUGUAGAAGGCUGCACUCCUCUGCACUAUGCCUGCAAACUUGGCAUCCAUGACUCAGUAAAAAACAUGCUGGGUCUCAAUAUCUGUGUGGGUCAGAAGUCGAGAGAGAAGAAAUCAGCCCUUCACUUUGCUGCAGAAUAUGGGCGUAUAAACACAUGCCACAGGCUGCUGGAGACCCUAACAGACUCCAAGAUGUUGAACGAGGGGGAUGAAAAAGGUCUGACGCCCCUCCAUCUUGCUUCAAGAGGAGGACACACUCAAGUCGUGGAUCUGCUGCUCAGGAGGGGAGCCCUCUUUCAAAGUGAUUACAAAGGCUGGUCCUGUUUACAUCACGCUGCGGCUGAGGGAUACACACAGACAAUGAAAAUCCUGCUGGCAGCCAAUGUUCAACUGCUGGACGGAACAAAUGAGGAUGGGAACACAGCUCUUCACAUAGCUGCAAAGGCGGGCCAUGUAGGUGCUGUUCUCCUGUUAUUGGAAAGAGGAGCUGAUAUAACUCUUAACAACGCUGAAAACUCUUUCCUGCAUGAGGCUGUGCGCAAUGAGAAAAAAGAUGUAGUGAAUGCCACCAUCGAAAGCGAGAGGUGUGCUGAGGCAAUGAGGUCAUUUAAAGCUAGUUCAACUUCCUGCUGUGUUGUGAUGGACAUCAUAGAGUUCCUCCCGGAGUCUUUCAAGCAUCUUCUGGACCAGUGUAUGCAAGAGUCAGACCUUGAUGCCAACAGUCCAGAGUACCAUAUCAAGUAUGAUUUCCAGUGGCUUCAGGCUCCCAUACAGUUGAAGAAGUAUGCUAAAACAGACAAAAACAUGAACUUCCAACCACUGGCAGCUCUGAAUGGGAUGGUGCAGUACAACCGACUGGAUCUUCUCACUCACCCCGUGAGCCAAAAAUACCUGGAGAUGAAGUGGAAGGCAUAUGGAAGCAAGGUUCAUUUGCUCAACCUGGCUGUCUACCUGCUUGGCUUGCUGCCCCUCACGUACCUCAUCCUCAAUCUGAGACCGAGCCAGGACAUUUCCACCAAUGGCACAUCUGUCAUCAUGGUGCCUGUAUCUUUCAGAGAGCAAAAAUACUUAAUCUCAGUCUGUAUAAUCAUGGUGCUAGUCAUGAAUGUGUAUGCCAUUUGCAAAGAGCUGGUACAGUUUUCUCAGCAGCGAAUAAUGUACUUCACUGACUACUCUAACCCUGCUGACUGGACUUCAGCCAUUGGCUCUUUGGUCUUUGUAAUUCCCAUGUGCUUCAGUGUAGACAAUACAUGGCAAUGGGAGGCCGGAGCUGUGGCCAUUCUGACAUCAUGGAUCAGCUUCCUGCUUUACUUCCAGAGGUUUGAGCGAGUUGGAAUUUACGUGGUAAUGUUUGGCGGAAUCAUUAGGACCCUGGUGUGCACCUUGGUUCUCUUUGUCUUCCUCUUGCUGGCAUUCGGCUUGUCCUUCUAUGCUUUGAUGCUUCACCGAAGUGAGUUCAGCUCAAUCAGUCUUUCCCUGGCCCAGACUUUUGUGAUGACAGUGGGAGAGCUGAACUACCAGAGCACAUUUCUGGAUGCUUAUGAGAAUGGCCAGAUGGCGUUUCCUGGGAUCACCUAUUUUGUGUUUGUGCUUUUUGUUCUCCUCAUGCCCAUCCUUCUAAUGAACCUAAUGAUUGGUUUAGCGGUAGGAGACAUUGCAGAGGUACAGAAGAAUGCCGAGCUGAAGAGGAUAGCCAUGCAGAUAGAUCUUCACACUACCCUUGAGGAAAAGCUGCCAUACUGGUUCCUAAAACGAGUGGACAAACCAACUAUCACUGUCUAUCCCAAUAAAUGCAAGAAGGCACUGAUGCAGGUCUUUAUUGAUGGUGAGAUCCAAAAUACAGUUCGCACCCGUUUUAACCUCUGCUCACGUCAGGGUGGACCUCUGGAGAGGGAACUGCGCAAACAGAAGAAAAGGUUGAAAGAAAUGUCCAGUGUGCUUGAUAAGCAACAUAACUUGCUGAAGUUGAUCAUCCAGAAGAUGGAAAUCACGUCUGAGGCUGAUGAAUGUGACGGCCCACAGAAUCCUAGAGCCCUAAGACAUAUUACCUCCUCAGGCCAAAAGUCAAAGUGGGCCCCCCUCAUGCAAGCUCUUGCAUCAAGGAAAUAACAUAACAUGCAAUGAAACCAUGGUGUAAUGGAUGAACCCAAAGUUCUCUGCAGUUAUUACUUCUGAUAUUACUUUUUUUGAGGGAGAUUUAUGUUGUGGUUUAGAGCACUAGUGUUUAGUGAGUGCUUUUUUCUUCUUCUUCUUUUUUUUAAGCAAGCAUAUCCAGUGGUUAAUUGUGUGGUUUAUAUCUUGUGGUUAAGUAUAAGUUGAUCUUGUGUGGGUCAAAAUGUAGUGUAUUUGUCAUGUAACACUGUGUACACUUAUUUGAUUCUAACUGACCUUUUGCCAUGUAUUUAGAAAGUGAGCUACCCUAUACACUGACAAAUAUAUUGUGAGGCAGUCUAUUUAAAGAUUUGUGCUGGACAGAGAAAAUGAAUUGUUGGAAUGAUUUCUGAGUUACAGGGAUGUUCAUAAAGUCACUCAAGUGUUAACCAUUCACAGGAUCCAAUGCAAUGAUCUAAUAUGCAGGACCCUGUAACAGCUCUAGUUCUAAAUAAGAUGUGGUUUUAGAAACACAUUGGACAGGGUGGAUAUGAUUACUACAGUAUAAUGCACUUCAAGCCCCUUAAUGCAAAGACCACUAUCAACCUGUGAAGCACCACAUAUCCAGAUUUAUCACCCUGAUCUGUCCACAGCUGUGCUCCACGAGUAGGAGAAUUAGCAUGUCAAUUUCAUCUGGCUGGAUGUAGUAACCCUGAGAUGCUUUGUCAUACCAAAUCCUAAAUUCAAAGUGGUUCUGCCAAGGGUAGCACAUCUGUGUAACCCUCAUUUUUUGGAUCCGUUUCAACUCACUUUUUAAUAUCUCCACAACAUCCUGAUGAAAUUGCCAUGAGAGCAGCAUUACAUAAAACCAUCGUGUUGAUCAGAUUGUCAAUGGGGAUUUCACAGAAUUAAGCAAAAGUCACUCAUGUUGGCCAUAUAUUAAGACCUGCACAGCAAAAAACACUAUAAAAUUCACUUUGUGAUUUUACAUGCAUGUCAUGAGAUGUAAUAAAUUUGAUGACAAGGAUCAGAAUGUCCAGAUGGAAUGGAUUUGCUUUU